AUAGACCAAUUCAAUCCUCUCCAAAGUUUCCCUCACACGUACCACUACUCUUCAACUCCAUGACUUUCUCAACCCAUGAUUUUCUAAGUCAAUCCUCAACUCCACAAAUUUAUCAGUCAAUCUCCACUCCUAAAUUCUCUCUAACCUCCCACACGCAUCACCACAUAUAUCCCUCUCUCAUUUUGAGGUUUAAAAACCAACUUCCAGCAACAUUCCAAAGGGGCUUCAUUUUUAUCUUACCAAAAUUCAUCACCACAGUAACAAAUAUUCAAACUCCCAUCAAUUAUCUUCCUCAACCAAAACAUGACAACAUCACAUUAUUCACAAAAACUUAACAAGAAUAUAUAAAGUGAAUCAGUGAGUAGCAAACACAAAACCACAGUAGAGUAAAAAAAACAGAACAAAAGAGGAAGACGUUGCGGGCGGGCCAAAAUCACUUCCGGUAUUCGUAUCUCAUAAUCCUUCAGUGACACUUUCCAAUCCCAAGUCCGUCGUACAGCAACACGACGCCGCUAUUACCACCGUUUGUGUCAUUCUAUUGUUCACGUCACUAUGCUGAUACCACCAGUUUUACUCAUUUUCAUUUGGAGGCUAUGUCAUCACAAGAAAGAUCAAAAGAACUUCGUUGAAUCAAAUAGUUUGAACAAAAGAAAGAGCAGUGAUUUGUUCAGUUGGUUUGAUCAUCCAUAUCUAGCUUCUGAUGCUGUUGAAAAUGGAUGGUCAAGAUUUGCUUUCACUAGCUACAAAAGUGAUUAUAUGUCAUCAAAAAAAUCAACCCUUUUAGGAGCUUGUGGACGAGGAGGGAAUGAAUAUGGAAGAGAAGAAAAUGAGGUUGAGAUAAGUUGGGAAGUGUGUCAAGGUUCAAAUGAAUUCAUGCAGAAGAUUAGGCUUAAUCCUGGUUUGAAAAAGUGUUUUUUUUAUCCAAACAAUGCUUUAAUGAAUGCUCAUUCUGUUGUUAGGACUUGUUUGCCUCUUCCUGGUCCUAGUUUAGGGAGCCAUGUUUUUCCACAAGAAGCUUAUUUUGAAGUUACUAUAUUGUAUUCUUGUGGUGGAGAUGAUUGUGAAAUGGUUGGGAGAAGAGAAGGGGAGAAGACAAAGCUGCUUAUUGGAGAUGGUUUGAAUGAUGAAGGUGAUUUGAAAAGUGUUGAAGAAAUGAAAGAUGAAGGAAAAGAUGGAUCUGUGAUGGUGUCAUUAGGGUUGAGUUGUGGUGGAGGUGUUCCUUUGAGAGUUCCAGGAAGUUACCCUAGAAGCAUAGGGUUCAACUCCAAUGGUUCUGUUUUUCUUGAUGGAAUGAAACUUGUAUAUGAGUCAGACAAACCACAAUGGAUAGGAACUAACACAGUAAUUGGUUGUGGAUAUGAUCCAAGAAAAAAGAAAGUUUUCUUCACAUUAGAUUCAGAAUUGGUGCAUGUAAUUCACUGUCAAUCAGAGGAAUUCAGCACACCACUCUGUCCAACAAUUGCUGCAAAUAUCGACAUUAUGGUUUUAGUUAAUUUCGGACAAGUUGCAUUCAAAUACGCGCCUGCAAAUGCGCAAAGAACGCCGAAUCCAUGUUUCGUAGCGCCACUUGUACAUUCCCCUGGUGCUACACUUGGAUUUGAUGACAGUAAGGAACUAUUCUCCAUGGGAAGGAUUGAUUCGCCGUGGCAGAAUCGAUCCACGACGAAAGGAAAUAACAACGGUGGGAAUAAUAAUAAUGUAGUAUUUGAUUUUGAUGAAGAGUCUGAAGCUGAUUUGUUUGAAAUUGUGUUAGAUGGUUCAGAAAAAUCACCAUACUCAGUGUCUUUAUCAUAGGUUACUGUAAAAAAAAAUGUAUAAACCACAUGUAGUUAUUUUGUUUCAGCUAUUAAGUUUGUGUUUGUUUAUGCAGUUAAAUAUUUGUCGGUAGAUAAUCCCUUAAUAUAAUCACUUAUUUAUUUGAUAGAUGUAUUUCACCAAAACUAAAGCAGUCGGUGGCUUGGUGUGUGUACCUGCAUUACUACAAAUAAUUUUAAUCAACUAUUCUCAU